AUGACGACACAAUCAAGCGCCGAUCCGCAGUCUCAGCCAUCACGCGAUUUCUUUGCUUCCUCCCCUUCCGCAACGCCGUCCUCGCCCAUCAAGAGGAGCUCUCAGGCGAGACCAGCAGACGCCCCUUCAUCCUUGUUGGCAUCCGAGCUGCAAGCACCAAUUAACGGAGAACAGCAUGAGGCACGGUCGGGAGACGAAGAUCCACCCACGGAAGCAGACCAAGGCGAAGUGCACGCUGAAGUGGAUACGGACGACUUCAGUAUCGUAGGCUCGGUUAAUUCUACUGCUGCUGCAACAGGCUCUCCUGUGCGAAGACAGCAGCCUCGUCGAGCAGCUGCACUGAAUGCCAAACCGCUCUUCUUGGCUGACGAUGACGAAGAGGUCGCCGACUGGGCUGAUCGGCAAGAGGGAGAGGGCGAGGGCGAGGAGGAAGCCAGCGAUGACUUCUUUUCCACACAGGCGCAAAACGACAUCAAGGUGCCAGCUCGACCGAAAGCACGCAGCGACGACGAGGAGUUCCUCCCUAGCUCUGAAGCAUUGCAUCCACCCUCGUCUCCGAUCCAGACAGCGCGUAAGCGGUCUCCUAAGCUGGACAGUGGUGAUCCUGACGCAAUAGGAUCAGUAAAACGAACAAGGCGGGUCUCGCCAUUUCCAGAGAAGAUCUCACCGGCCCCGCGUCGCCGUUCGCCAACUCCUGAUCCACGCCUCCGACACGAUGCUUUCGAACGUCGUUACCUCGGCACGUUUGUGCUUUCAGCCUGGUCUCUAUCGAAAGGCUCAUCAUAUGUCCAGCCCGGCGAUGGCGUGCGCAUCUUUCGUCCUCGGAAGAAGACCGCUACCGAGCCAAGCAAAUCCACCUCCAAACUCAUGAAUGGUGGUGUCAAGAACGGCAAGCAGGCCAAACUCAACUUUGGAGGCGGAGCUUCUGCGGGUUCCAGCAGCUUUUUUGGAUCCAAGCAAAAGUCCAAGGACAAAGAAGACUUUAUCGUGCGCUUCAGCAACAUGCGCGGCUUCGAAGUUGGUCGUCUGCCUCUCGAGGUGGCCACAUGGAUGUCCAAGCUCAUCGAUACAGGCAUUGCCGAGUUUGAGGGUGUCGUCGUCGACUGCCCGGCGUCGCUCACCGUUGGGUGCGACAUUAUCCUGCAGGUCAAGGCGUACAUCAAGUUUGAUGCGUUCUUUUUGACUCUGCUGGGAAACCGGGAGGUCGAUGAGCAGAACGACGGAUUACGACCAGAGACGGCCGAGUCGGAUCUCGAGAAGACGCUUCGCGAACGAAAGAUCAGCUUGCUGCGCAUGUUUCGUGUCUGCGACCUCAAACCCAGCCUCAGCAACUCGAUCCUCAAAUCGCACAAGGCGAGCGACGAUUUUUCUAGCGAGGCGAUGUUGGAUCAGUACGGUGGCGACAUCGAAGACUCUGUCAAGCAUGGGGGAGGACAAGCAGCAGCCGCAUCGUCGACGCAGAACGGUGCGGAGCUUCCCCCUGCAGGUGGUGAUGCCGUAUUAACGGCCAUCGACAUUGACACCGACGCCAUUAAUGGCGCUCAGGAAGACGGCAUUGCCGAUCAGUUGCUGAAUGCCAAACAGCAGACAGACGGCGAAGCAGAUGCAGAGGAAAACGACGGCACUGAGCUCAACCUCAAUCAGCUCGACGAGGUCUACCGCAAAGCUCAAGCCAAUGACGCGCAUCUGCCAGAGGUCGAGCCUCCAGAGUCGUUUUUGCUCACACUGCGGCCUUAUCAGAAGCAGGCGCUCGGGUGGAUGAAGAACAUGGAAAAAGCACCGGGUCACUCAUCGUCUCAGGGCGACGAGGGCUCCACCACACAGCAGCAGGGCGGCAACAGCGGAGAGCGAAGUCUCUCGCUUCAUCCCCUGUGGGAAGAGUACGAGUUUCCACUCGACUAUGACAACCCAGAAGCCAACGAGCGGUUGGUUCUGAGCCCGACACGAAUGUUUUACUUCAACCCGUACACAGGCGAUCUGAGUCUCGACUUUCAGCGCGCCAGCAAGGGCUCGCGAGGAGGUAUUCUGGCCGACGAGAUGGGUUUGGGCAAAACAAUCAUGGUCGCGAGCUUGCUGCAUGCCAACCGCACCUCGGAUCCGGGCGAAGAGAGCGAAGCUGAAGACGAUGCGGGGGACGCAGGUGAUGAUGGCUUUACGAAGCGCAAGGGAUCGGCGAAGCAGACGUCGCUCGCAUCUGCGUUUGCUGCCUCGACUUCCAGUGUCGAUCAGCGUAAAGCACUGCUCAAGGCGUCGGUGUCGAAAGGCAGAGCGUCGUUGGUGGUGGCGCCGAUGAGCUUGAUCGGCCAGUGGCGCGACGAGCUGAUUCGUGCCUCGGCACCUGGCUCCCUGACGCCCGUACUGUACUAUGCAGACACCAAAGGGGACCUUCUCGCGCAGCUCGAGUCGGGCAAAGUCGACGUCGUCAUCACAUCGUACGGCACACUUGUCACCGAGUAUCGUCGCUUUCUCGAUGGCGGUGGAGCCGCUAACCGCCAUCUCUCCAGCACUGCGCCCCUCUACUGCAUCGACUGGCUGCGUGUCAUCCUCGAUGAAGCACACAACAUCAAGAACCGCUCCACCAUGAACGCCCGUGCCUGCUGCGACCUUGUCUCGCGUCGACGCUGGGCGCUUACGGGCACGCCGAUCAUCAACCGCCUCACCGACCUGUUCAGCUUGCUCAAAUUUCUCCGCGUCGAACCCUGGGGCGACUUUAGCUUCUUCAACAGCUUCGUGUGCAAGCCGUUCCAGGCAAAGUCCACCAAGGCGCUCGACGUGGUGCAAGUCAUCCUCGAGUCGGUGCUGCUACGCAGGGAGAAGCGGAUGAAGGACAAGGAUGGCAAACCCAUCGUGCAGCUGCCGCCAAAGACGAUCGAGAUGCGUGAACUCGAGUUUACGGAACUGGAGCGGAGGAUCUACGAUAAUGUCUACAGGAGGGCGUACUUGCAGUUUGCGACGCUCAAGGCCAACGGGACGGUAACGAGGAACUUUUCGGUCAUCUUCAGCGUUCUGAUGCGGUUGAGACAGGCCGUGUGCCAUCCGGCGUUGGUGUUGAAGGCGAGUAAGACGAAGGCGAAGCAAGUGGAGGGCGGCGGUGCGGUGAUCAAUGCUAGCGAGGGAGCGGUGGGUGAGGAGCCUGAUGCGGAUGCGGUCGAGUUUGGCUUCGAUGCCGAGUGCGCAGGUGAUAGUACGCCGGGUACCGAAGACCUGCGCGACCUCGUCGCUCAGUUCCAGUCCUCCUCCACUGACGCCGACGGAGACGGAAACGAUGUGACGGCCAACUACUCGAAAGCUACUGUUGACCGGCUCAUCCGCGAGAUGCAUGGUGACAGCGCUACGGCGGAUCUUGGAAGGGAGACCGAGUGUCCGAUCUGUUUCGAAGAUCCGCAGGUGGCGCCGUGCUAUUUGCCACGCUGCAUGCACAGCGCGUGCAAAGGGUGUCUUGUCGACUACUUGCGACAGUGCAAAGAGAAAGGCGAGGAAGGCGCGUGUCCGACGUGCAGGAUCGGGCCUGUGGACGAAAGGGAUUUGAUCGAGGCAAUUCGUACGCGGCCUGCGACGCCGCCCGGCAGCGGCACUGCGACUCCCACCGGCCAUACGGGCGACAAGCCUCACCCGGCCGUCGGCUCUGUCCCUUCGAUAAUCUACGUGCGCAACAACCUGCGCUCGUCGACCAAAGUCACUGCAUUGCUGGACCACCUUAACACCCUGCGUGCAACCGAGGGCCCGUUCAAGGGCGUGAUCUUUUCGCAGUUCACAUCCUUCCUCGACCUCAUCGAGCCGGUGCUCACGCGGUACCGGUUCCGGUUCCUGCGACUGGACGGGUCCACGCCGCAAAAGGUGCGCGAGAAGCUGCUGGUCGAGUUCCAGUCCCCCUCGAGCGGCGGUGGCGGGGAUGAGACGCUGCUGUUCCUCAUCUCGCUCAAAGCCGGCGGCGUGGGGCUCAACCUAACUGCAGCAAACAAGAUCUGGCUCCUAGACUUCUGGUGGAACUCGUCGAUCGAGAACCAGGCCAUCGACCGCAUUCACCGCCUCGGCCAGACGAAACCCGUCAGCGUCUUCCGCUACCUCGUCAAGGACUCGAUCGAGAACCGCAUCCUGCUGAUCCAGAAGCGCAAGGACAUGCUCAUCAGGCAUGCACUCCAACAGAACGCCGACGCUGACGCCGACAAGGGCAAGAGCGAGACGCUCCAGAAUCUCGAAUUGCUCUUCGGCGAGUAA